CCGGCGCUGCAAAUUUCCACCAGGGAGGGAGAGUGGCUGGAUGCGGAGUUUGGAGUUGCUUGCGGCGGAGAACAGGAAAGGGAGCAGGGCCGGGAAAAGGGGGCUGGCGGGCGCUAUAUCUGGGAAUAAGUUUCCAGGAUCAGGAGAGCCUGCACGCUUUUUUUGCUUCUCUGCUCGCCCCCCACCCCACCCCCCAAGCAGAGACCGAUCUUCUCGGAUUGCCCAUGCACUUGUUGCAGAGACAGCCAAGGCCUUGGCUCUGGAGGAUGCUGAAGGGGGAAGACACGGAAGCAGGACGACCCUGAAAGAUUGAGCUCUUAAUCCUUAACAGAACCAGGUCUCCUCUUCCCACCUGUCCAGCAGCAUGAGAGCAGUAUGACUGGCCGGCCGCAGGAGAAGCCCCCAGAGCCAGGCCCCCAACUCAGACAUCUGCUGCAGAGGUCAAGGUGUGAGCAGCAUCUCCUCAGCAAGGUGGUGUUUGGUCCAUCCCUCAGCCUGGGUGAGGAUGUAAAGCCCCCCACUCUGCACAUGUGUGGUGCAGGCCAACAGGAACACCUGGCUCCAGCCACCUUCACAGACAUGUCAGCCGUGGAGUAGUGUGGACGCUUCCUCUCAGCUUCUCAGGGUUUCAGUCCUUUUUGGUUUGUUUCGUUUACAUUUUUUAUGGUUUUCUGGCUGGACGUUCACAACCAAGGUAGGCACCAUGGGGGAUCAGCAGCUGUACAAGACCAACCACGUGGCCCAUGGCAGUGAGAACCUCUUCUACCAACAGCCCCCGCUUGGCAUCCAUGGUGGCCUGAACCACAACUAUGGGAAUACAGUCACGGGGGGUGGAUUGGAAGCCCCUCAGGCCUCGCCCAUCUCCCCCCACUUCCCACAGGAUGCUCGGGAUGGUCUGGGCUUGCCUGUCAGCUCCAAAAAUCUUGGCCAGGUGGAUACCUCAAGGCAGGGAGGCUGGGGAGGCCAUUCCGGGCCUGGAAACCAUGUCCAGCUACGUGGCAACCUGGCCAACUCAAAUAUGAUGUGGGGGUCAUCAGCCCAGUCUGAGCCCACUGAUGGCUACCAGUACACCUACUCCCAGGCCAGCGAGAUCCGGACUCAGAAGCUCACCAGUGGUGUCCUACACAAGCUAGACUCUUUCACCCAGGUGUUUGCCAACCAAAACCUGCGAAUUCACGUCAACAAUAUGGCCCAGGUGCUGCAUGCCCAGUCGGCAGUGAUGGAUGGAGCCCCUGACAGUGCCCUCCGCCAGCUGCUGUCUCAGAAGCCUGUGGAGCCCCCAGCACCGGCUAUACCUCCCCGCUACCAGCAGGUGCCCCAGCAAGCUCACCCUGGUAUCACUGGUGGGCUGUCCAAACCAGCUCUUCAGGUCGGGCAGCACUCUACCCAAGGGCACCUGUAUUAUGACUACCAGCAGCCACUGGCUCCAAUGCCGGUGCAGGGAGGACAGUCACUGCAGGCCCCACAGAUGCUGUCACAGCACAUGCAACAGAUGCAGCAGCACCAGUAUUACCCACAGCAGCAGCCGCCGCAGCAGGCUGGGCAACAGCGUAUCUCCAUGCAAGAAAUAGAGCAACAACAACAGAUUCGCCCACCGCAGACACAGCAGCCGCAGCAGCAGCAGCUGGUGCAGCGGCAGGGUUCAAUGCAGAUACCUCAGUAUUACCAGUCCCAACCCAUGAUGCAACACUUGCAAGAGCAGCAGCAGCAACAGAUGCACCUGCAGCCCCCCUCUUAUCACAGGGACCUCCACCAGUACACCCCAGAGCAGGCACAUGCUGUCCAGCUGAUCCAGCUGGGUUCCAUGCCCCAGUACUACUACCAGGAGCCCCAGCAGCCCUAUGGCCACCCCCUCUACCAGCAGAGCCACCUGUCCCAGCACCAGCAGCGUGAGGACAGUCAGCCGAAGACUUAUCCCAGUGACAGGCAGGCCCAGGCCAUGCUGAGCUCCCAUGGGGACCUGGGACCUUCUGAUACAGGAUUGGGAGACCCAGCAAGCUCAGACCUGAACCGGGUCAGCAGUGCCCUUCCCCAUCGACCGCUCCUGUCCCCCAGCAGGAUCCACCUCAACAACAUGGCACCUCAGCACCAGCAGCUGUCUCCCAGUGCCAUGUGGCCCCAGAUGCACCUACCUGAUGGCAGAGCCCAGCCAGGGUCCCCUGAGUCAAGUAGCCAAUCAAAAGGAGUGUUUGGGGAGCAGUUUGAUGCCAAGAACAAGUUGACGUGCUCCAUCUGCCUAAAGGAGUUCAAGAGCUUGCCUGCCCUGAAUGGCCACAUGCGGUCCCACGGGGGAAUGAGGGCCUCCCCCAGCCUCAAACAGGAGGAAGGAGAGAAGGCCCUGCUGCCUCAGCCCCAGCCGCCACUGCCACCUCCGCCUCCGCCACCACCGCAGCUCCCUCCCGAGGCAGAAAGCCUCACGCCUAUGGUCAUGCCCGUGUCUGUCCCUGUCAAGCUUCUCCUGCCCAAGCCCAGCUCUCAGGGCUUCGCCAACAGCGUCGCUGCCACCCCCUCCGCCAGAGAGAAGCCAGCCAGCUCGAUGUCGGACGACGAGAUGCCCGUGCUCGUGAGGAUGACCCUCUCUCCCCCACGCUCACCCCAAGGGGCUGCCCCCCGCACGCCUGCUGAAAUUCCUAGGAAGCAUCAGCUGGGCGUAGCCAAAGUUGAGGAACCCCUCAAGCCCGUGCAGGAGAAGAAGUUCCGGCAUCGGCCCGAGCCGCUCUUCAUCCCGCCACCGCCCUCGUACAAUCCAAACCCCGCGUCCUCCUACUCGGGCGCCACCCUGUACCAGAGCCAGCUGCGCUCCCCGCGCAUCCUCGGGGACCACCUGCUCCUGGACCCCGCCCACGAGCUGCCCCCCUACACGCCCCCGCCCAUGCUGAGCCCGGUCCGCCAGGGCUCGGGGCUCUUCAGCAAUGUUCUCAUCUCCGGGCACGGCCCCGGCGUCCAUCCCCAGCUGCCCCUCACGCCCCUGACGCCCACGCCGCGCGUGCUGCUGUGCCGCUCCAACAGCAUCGAUGGCAGCCAUGUGACAGUCACUCCAGGGCCUGGAGAGCAGACCGUGGAUGUUGAACCACGCAUCAACAUUGGCUUGAGAUUCCAAGCAGAGAUCCCAGAACUCCAGGAUAUCUCCACCCUGGCCCAGGACACACACAAGGCCACACUGGUAUGGAAGCCCUGGCCAGAGCUGGAAAACCACGACCUCCAGCAAAGAGUGGAGAAUCUCCUGAAUUUGUGCUGUUCAAGUGCAUUGCCAGGUGGAGGGACCAAUUCUGAAUUUGCUUUGCACUCUCUCUUCGAGGCCAAAGGUGACGUGAUGGCUGCCCUGGAAGUGCUGCUGCUGCGAAAGCCGGUCAGGUUAAAAUGUCAUCCUUUAGCAAAUUACCACUAUGCCGGUUCGGACAAGUGGACCUCCCUAGAAAGAAAACUGUUUAAUAAAGCACUAGCCACUUACAGCAAAGACUUUAUUUUUGUACAGAAGAUGGUGAAGUCUAAGACGGUGGCUCAGUGUGUGGAGUACUACUACACAUGGAAAAAAAUCAUGCGGUUAGGGCGGAAACACCGGACACGGCUCACGGAGAUCAUAGAUGAUUGUGUGACAAGUGAAGAAGAGGAGGAGUUAGAGGAGGAGGAAGAGGACCUGGAAGAAGAUAGGAGAUCCACAAAAGAAGAGGAGAGCGAAGCUCCAAAGUCCCCAGAGCCACCGCCAGUACCCGCCCUGGCUCCCGUGGAGGGGCCGGCCCUGCAGGUCCUCGGCCAGCCCUGCGGCUCCUUCAUCUGCGAAAUGCCCAACUGCGGGGCUGACUGUAGAUGUCAUGUCACUCCCUUUCUUCCCCAGGUGUUCAGCUCCCGUCAGGCACUGAACGGCCACGCCCGCAUCCAUGGCGGCACCAAUCAGGUGACCAAAGCCCGAGGUGCCAUCCCCUCUGGGAAGCAGAAGCCUGGUGGUGCCCAGAGUGGGUACUGCUCAGUGAAGAGUUCUCCCUCUCACAGCACCACCAGCGGCGAGACGGACCCUACCACCAUCUUCCCCUGCAAGGAGUGUGGCAAGGUCUUCUUCAAGAUCAAAAGUCGAAAUGCACACAUGAAAACUCACAGGCAGCAGGAGGAACAGCAGAGGCAAAAGGCUCAGAAAGCAGCUUUUGCAGCAGAAAUGGCAGCCACCAUCGAGAGGACUACGGGGCCUGUGGCGGGGUCAGGGAUGCUGCCCCUGGACCAGCUGAGUCUGAUCAAACCCAUUAAAGAUGUGGACAUCCUCGAUGACGACGUUGUCCAGCAGUUAGGAGGCGUCAUGGAAGAGGCCGAGGUCGUGGAUGCUGAUCUUCUCUUGGAUGAUCAAGAUACAGUUUUGCUUCAGGGUGACACAGAACUGUAAAGUCCCCUGUCACUUAGAGACAAUGAAAACCAGAAAACUCGCAGCCUCCAUCUUUAUUAAUCAGGAAACCUGGACUGCCUGCUUGUUUUGUAACCAUUUUAAACUACCUGUUUAAAAAGUGGUUAUUUUAUUCAGGUUUAGAAAAAAAAAUUCCAGUUUCUUUUCCUUUUAUUUAAAAAAAAAUGUUUUUGUGGGGUGUUGGGGGUGGGGAAUAAAUAAUCGGCACAAAUAUCUUUAAGAGACAUUUCAUCUGGGCUACAUUUUCAUGAAAUCACUCCUGGCAGGUAACGAACCUGAUGUUCAUGUUCCAUUUGCUUUUGGACAUCAGCCAUCUGGUUGCCUUUUUAUCCCAGAGUUUGCCGUGUGAGUGUGUGUGUGUGGCGAGGCAGGCUACCCUUUUCAGGCUAAGGCCUUGGGGCAUCCUUUCCCACCAAGAGUUAUUUCUGUUCUGUUUAACCUCAUUCUAAUUUGCAGUGAACUUGAUGUCUUUGCCAGGAGACUGUAUGCUAAGGGUAGCUUUCCCAGGGUGCAAAGCAGGCCCUCGUGUUAACAAGGCCUUCCUCUAGCGAACACGUCGUGUGCAGAGCUGACCAAAUGUGAAAACAGGUUUUCACUCUGCUUUGCCCUUCACUUUGUUGGCCUGUUCACAGGAACUGAGUACUGUAUGAUUUCAGGCUUUCAUUCCUCCUUGGUGAUUUACCAAGGACCUGGUUUGUAGAAUAGACGUUUCUGCUUCCACAUUCCCUGGGGUCUGGUGAGCUGUGAAUAAUGGGAUCCCAGAGCUGUGUUUCAGCAUGAGCUGAUUGGAGACCUGUCCUGGGAAAAUAGCGCCAACUAUUAAAUGUCCAGGGCUGUAGAGGACGGCUUUCAUUUUUAGGUAAGAUGGUUGAGGGGCACACACUGAAGUACCUGGAAUGCCAGAAGUUUUCCUUUGCCCUAAAAAAAGAUCUGAUGAGACUAUUCUUUCUGCAGCACUGUUAAUGGUCAGUGGAGUUCUGGAAUCACUUUUUGCCAUUUGGAAGUACUGUGAAACCUCCUAUUUACUAGGAUUUUGCUGUAAUUCGUGUAUACUGGACUGGUUCACCUUGACACUAGCUAUGAGACAAAAAGGUUUUCUAACAAAUUUUAUAGCAAAUACAAGGGAAAUAGCAUUGAAGGCCAACAAAAAUGGUUUUGGAUACCACUCUAGUUAUAAUGUUUGCGUUCAAACAAUGAAUGUAUUCAUUAUAAGUCACUUACCAAAGCACUUCUAGAAUUUUCCAAGGUUACAUACUUUGCUCUGCCUCCUCCUGUCCCUGUCAGCAGGGGUGCUGUUUGUACACGUAGGUAGUAAACCUGUCAUCCUUCCAAAAUGUCAUUCAGCUCAGGCUUUUAACUGAGUCAGACUGACCUAUCUCACUGUUAGGGCAAAUGAGAGCAUCGCCAGACUGGAACACAGUCCCAGCACAGAGGGGACCCUGCUUCCCACAGCUCCCCAUUCCACAUUAAUGCUGCGUGACUUCUGGAGCAGAUGUUGUCAGGCAGGUGGGCUAUUUCCCAGCUUGGUGUAAACUUGGUGAUCAUACUGGGCCACCUUGCUGCAGAUUAAUAGCUUGACUUGAGAAUAUCAGCGGAAGCAUGAAGAUGGGUCCCGAGCUUUUAAGUUUGACUCUGCCCAAGUAUUUGGCACAUGCUCAUCUGAAGGCCAGCUGUGGCCCAGAGCAGCCCCAAGUGGGCAAUGAUCUCUGAAUCUCAGGAAAGCCAGGGCAGAAGAAAACAAAGAUUCUUUUAAUUGCCACCAUUCUUUUUUCAGAAAAGAGGUCUUUGAGGUUUCCCUCUUCUUUUCUUCAGGGGAAAAAAAAGUGUUUUUAUUUGCUGCCAUUUCAGACAGAUUAUUAUAGCUUUUGUUUUAUUACCUAAGCAGUUUUGAGUUAAGAACUGCCUUGGCAGUGUGCACAGACUUUGUGGCAGAACUAUUACAGAACCAUUCCAACUGUAAUACUGUUGGCUGAUGCCGAUCGAAUCUGUUCUGUGCCCACUUCCUUCCACUUACUGGUGUCUGUCUGAGAGUGAUUCUGGAGUGGUUCUGCUGUUGGGACUACAGAAGCUUAUCUAUCAAAGGAGCAAACACCCAGAAAAAUGUUUAUAAAGCAGAUGUAUUCCUUCUGUUUGGAAACUUGCCCAGCUGUUCUGGUUUUAGACAUUAAAUGUGUUUACAGUUGCCAAGGUAAAAAUAAAAUGCACAAUUUAAUUUUAAUUUUCCAUGCAGUAUAGCGAAAGGAUUUUUGACUUGAAGUAACCAAAGAACUCCUCCUUAAUGAGACAGUUCAAAUCCCUGAAUUAAUAUUUCUUGACAAUUUCAACUUAAAAAUUGACUUCAUGGUAAAAUAUUGCACUUAUUAUUUUUUUCUGAAAUGAUUCUGCCUGCAUGUAUGUGUUGUGUUUUAGCUUCCCCCAACCUACCCCAAAGAACUUUUCUUUCUAAUGGUUGUCUUCAACAUGGUUACUGUUUACUAUCAGAUGGUUUUUCAUUAGUGAACUUAGACCUCUUUGCAAAAGCUUGUAUAUAAAAAGUUAACAGAUAUAUUUUAUGGAAAAACCCAUCUUAUUUUCAAAUAUAUUUAACUGCUGUUAUAUUUUAUUAGAGGAAGGGUGUAAAUAUUUUCUAGGAGUUCUAUUGUAAAGAAAAGUAUUUUUGAAAAAAAUUAAUGUAAUAAAAACGAAAACAUUUUUAAAUAGUGGUUGUGAUUGCUUCCUGUUCUGGCUUCAUGUUCUAUUCUCAGCAUCUGACUGGCAUGCCUUCCCAUUUCAGGAUGUAAUUUAUUCAGGUUUGCACUAUUAUAAGUUGACAUCAUAAUAUCUAAUGUGGUUAACUGUAUUUUCCCGGAAUGCAGGUCCCUUGGUUCAUAUCAAAAGCACUAUGUAUAGCAUAUUCAUAAUUUUUCUUUUGUAAUGUGUGUAUUUUUAAUAAGGAUUUUAUGUAACAUUUUGGCAAAAAGAGGACAGUAUUUUCUAGUGAAUUUUAUAACAUUUUGCUAAAAAUGUUUCUUCCUAGGUCAGUUUUUGUUAAGAUGAAUCAAAAGUCUUAUUUUACCAAGGGUUUAAAAAAGUUUGAAGCUUGAAAGCAAAGUUAUAUUUAAACAUCCUAUGUAACAAAUAAAUAAAAAUGUUUUAUAGACUUGUCCUAAAAAAGGUGCAUUCCUUAAAAAAAAUCUGGGGCAUUUUAUGUUGUUGUUUUUCCCCCUGAGCGAUGAGCAUUUCUUUUAAUUAUCAGAAAAAGAACCAGGAGAAUUUUGUUUGAAAGGUUGCAAUCAUUACCCUUCUCGGAAAUUUAUUACAGUUUCUAUAGAUGGACAUUCAUUAAACAGAGUUGUAACAAAAUAGACACUGUCAUAUUUAUUUGUGGAAACCUGAUUCAGUAUUGCAUCAGCUGCUCUGAAAAUAAAAUAUUAUCUUUUUGAGUUUCA